ACUGGCAGAACACCAAUUUAUUCAACGGUCACGUCUCUUGUUCUUAGGUGUUUUGUUUGUUGUCAUCUGUAAUUUCAUACUUUGAAAUUGGAUGUUAUUUCAAUAUCUUUUCUUAAAUAUCAUCGAUAUAUAAAUUCGAGUACAACAAAACUAAAUUAUGACUGAUCCACAAGAAAUUUGGAAAACAAAAAUGCGUGAUAAAGUUUUCCAUACACCUAAAUCGACAUCAUCGAUUGGUACAAAUUUAUCAUUAUUGGCACAAUAUGAUGAUAUGAUUCGUAUGACACAACCACCAUUGAUUAAUCUCACUGAUCUUAAGGCAUUGAUUGGAUUGAUUGAAAAUUUUGAUAAAUGUCGCGUCAACUGGCAACAAACUAUCGAAGAUAAUCAACAAAAAGAUCGAUACAUAGAAAAACUUGAAGAUGAUGCUAAACAAAUGCAAAUUCGUUGGGAUCGAAUUAAACGUGCCUAUGCACGCGAAAUCAAAGAAAAAGAUAAUUUACAAAAAUGUUAUGAUAAUCUUAAGAAAAAGAUGGAUAUUCUCCGUCAAAUGAUCCUUGAACAAGAUGGCCAAAAGACAUCACAAAUUUUCAAUCAAACCAUGGCACAGGCUAAAUCGACAAGCAGUUUGAUUUCAAUAUUGGAACAUGUGGACACUUUGCUACCACCAAACGAUGGUGAUGAAUCUGAUGAUGGUCUAUUAUUCGAUAAAUCUGAUGAUAGUAUCGAUUGUAACCGAACAUUCAAAACUAGUAAAAAUAAUCAACAAAUACCAAGUGCACCACCAUUGCCAUCAUCAUCAUCAUCGGAAAAUCCUGCAAAAUCAACAACAAGGCAAACUAAGUUAUCGACAAUGAUAUCACGAUCACGUAUCGAAACAAUUGCCGAAGUUAGUGAUGAAAAAGAUGCCAGUGAUGAAUCAUUACUAAAUGUCGGUUUCUGUAUGUUGCCCGAUACUACUCAAGUGAAAAAAUCAAACAUACUGCAAACACCGGCUUCGACAACAGCCAUAACUGAAAAGAAUGAUAAAUUUCUCAAACCAAGCAUGCGAUCGAUUUCGGAAGCAGCAACUGCCAAAUCAUUGAAUCGAAAUCCAUCAAAACAAUUAUCACGAACCAUAACAAUGCUACGUAAUGCACAAACAACACGAUUAGAAGCUGAACGUUUGGGUAGCCGAUCACAUCGAUUUUCAGAAAAGAAAGCAUUCAAAACCGUAAUCUGUACGGUUUGUAAUAAAAGUAUCGGUUUUUGUAGUUCAUAUGGUGUUUGUACUGAAUGUCGUGGUAGCUGUCAUAAUCGUUGUCGAGAUAAAUUACCCAAACCAUGUUUACCAUACAUGUCGACCAACACAAGUAUUAAAAAAAUGAUUGCAUUGACUGGCGAUAGUCGUAUGGUUGGUGGAAAAUUUCUUAUAAUUGGCGAUUUUGUGCCGGAUUCAGUCCGACCAUGUGUACCGCCAUUAUUGAUUCAUUGUUGUAAUGAAAUUGAUCGCCGUAUUCGUUUAGAUAUGGAAGAUAUUAAUCGAAACGAUGAUUCGUCCGUUAUUGGUUUGUAUCGUAUCUCCGGUACCGAUAUGGAGACAAGAGAAUUACGACGAAAAAUUCUUAAAUCUGAAUUCGGUAUGCCAAAUUUGUCGGCCAUCAUAUCAGUACAUACUAUUUGUGGUGUUGUUAAAAUGUUUUUACGUGAUCUGGAUGAUUCACUUAUUUCAAGAAUUAUGUGGAAUGAUUUCUAUCGUGCUUCGGUUCAUAUUGUUCAAACAUCAGUAAAAUCAUUACAUCAUCAGUUUAACAAACCAAUUGAUUCUGGUGUAGAUGAUAAUGGUAGUUCGGGUGACAAUGAGCAUGAUGAUGAUGAUGAUGACAUGAAUAGUCCAACCAUGGUAUUGAAACGUGUAAUCUGUCAACUACCAUUACCUAAUCGUGAUUCUUUGGCAUUUUUGAUUCUUCAUCUACGAAAUGUUGCCAAUGCUGAACGUGUAACUAAAAUGACUCGUCAAGCAUUAUGCAAUAUAUUUGCACCGACCAUUGUUGGUAGUUCAGAAUUUCGACAAUUAUCUGCUGAAGCUAUGCAACGAGAAAUACCUAAACAGAUUAAUGUUAUGCAAGCAUUGUUCGAAGUUGAUGAAGCUUUCUGGCGUGGAAUAUUAACCGAACAAAAUUUCUGUCCAUUUAAAGAAAAAUCUGAUCAAUAUUGUCGUAAAUCAUUAUGUUCAUCGGAAGAACAGGCUGAUUUUUGUGCCAAAUUAGCAAGAAUUUCUUCAUCGAAUCUAAAAGAUUUAUUAAAUUCCAAAGAUAAUGCUGGCGAUGAUGAUGAUGAUGAUACUAAAUCGGAUCGACGAAAUCGUGUAUUACCCGGAAUGAAUUCCUGCAUUGUUACAACCGGACGAUUGAAUACAACGGCUAUUAAUCGUCGUUCAAUUAUUCACAACUUAAAGGAUUCUCUUUAUUAAUUAUUAUCCACGACUUAACAUUUCAUUUGAACAUUAUUAUCCGAUACCAAAUCGUUUUCAAACAAUAUUUUGUUUUU